AUGUUUGGCAAAGAAGCUCCAAUUUUAGAGAAUGGAGUUAGAGAUUACAUGGAGUUGUUGUUUGGUGAAUAUGUAAAGUCCCUUUCUAAAGAUAAAGGUAGUCAACACUCUUCAUCUUUAUCUAGUUCUUCAUUUGAAAAUUCCAGUUCACUACUUUCAAGUUCAGGCAGUGUUGUCCAAUCGAUUGGAUUUUUAGGGACAUUCAUGGAUGAUCUAAUGAAACAUAAAGCUGAAAAUACAACAACUGUCAAAACAGAAUUGCAAAAAUAUCUUGCUGAAGAAAAUGAAGUUGAAAUCAAGAACUUCAACAUCUUGUCUUGGUGGAAAAUAAACUCACCCAGAUUUCCUGUUCUUGCUGAGAUGGCUCGGGAUGUGCUAGCUAUUCCCAUUUCAAGUGUGGCAUCCGAGUGUGCGUUUAGUACUGGUGGACGUAUCUUGGAUUCAUUUAGGAGUUCAUUAACUCCUAAAUUAGUGCAAACACUAGUGUGCCUUCAAGAUUGGAUAAGAAGUGAAUCAAGACCUAUAAGUGUUGAGGAAGAUAUAGAUGUCCUCGAACAGCUUGAACAAGAUUUGGCUAAUACUAGCAUUCUGGAUUAUUAA